AUGAGGAUCACAGUUUUGUGUCUGCUUUUGGUGCUGGCCUUGAUAGUUCUUGAAGUCGACGGGAAAGCGAAAGCCAAAAAGAAGAAAAGUAAAAAAAAAGCUCCAAUGGGCAUGGGCGGCUUCUUCAUGCCUGACAUAGCAGGGCCGAUACAGGCAAUGAAAGCGGAAGAAAGGCGGGAGGAACAAAAAGAAAAACAGCGGCUGAAGCAACUUAAGAAGGAAAAGAAAAUGCGUAAAUUAAAGAAAAAGAAAGAAGCAAAAUUAAAGAAAGAGCAAGAAAAGCAAGAAAGGAAGAGAAGGGCUGCAGAAGAAAAAGCAAAGAAGAAUGCUGCACAAGAAGUGGAGCCUCCUAACAGUGUGAAACAGAAUGUUGCACAAACACCCAAUGUUAAACAGAACAAUGCAAACACAAAACAUUUUAAUCUGAAUAACGUGAAACAGAAUAUUCCUCAACCACCCGAUGUUAAACAGACCAAUUCACAAUUACCUAAAGUAAAACAGACUUAUUCACCAACACCCAAUGUAAAUCAGGCUAACUCACAACCACCCAAUAUAAAACGGAGCAAUGAAGAAACAAAUAAUGAAACAUCAAACAAUGUGACACUGUAUGCAGCAGAUAACAUGCCCUGCAACCACGUGUGCCCAGCCUGUAGCGGCAAAGAAAUUCAAAACUGUGAAGAUUACAGCAAAGUCACCUGUCGAUGGCCAUACUAA